GUGGGAAACCCCGUGUGGACUGUACCAGAGGACCCAAAAUGGCGGAUGUGUUGUAGAGAAGAUGGGAAAUUAAAAUUAAGCUAAUUUGAUCUCUGUGUAGUGCCUAAAUUUGGAUUAUACACAUAUGGUUUAAAAGUUUAUCACAUUUUUUUACACUUUGUCUCUGGAAUACAAGACAGCGCUAGACAAAAGGAUUGUUUAUUUUAUUCAGAACGUUAGAACAUGGCGGAAUACAGGGGGUAAAAAUAACCAAAUGCCCACCUGAGAAAGUAGUCAAAUAUUUCUAAGUUAAGUACAUGGUUUCUGUUCGAGUUAUGUAAGCGCUUGAAAAUGUUUUUGGUGCAUCCCACCUCCGUUUUCCCUUACUGGGAAGGUCUCUGACAUACCAGAAAUAUUAAAGAACACACUGGUGCAGUUGUUGCCAUAGUUUGUGUGGCAAUGACAAAGACAUACCCCUCUAAGGUGGCAGUUUAGGGAGAGGGGUUCUCAGUCUCCUGGUUGAGUUCGUCCUUGCUUAACGCACUGGGUGUUAUUGUACCUUGUUUUGGUGUGUGAAGUGGUCGAGCAGGCACGAUGACGGACACUCGACGACGGGUUAAGGUAUAUACACUCAAUGAAGACCGUCAGUGGGACGAUCGGGGGACGGGGCAUGUGACCUCGGGCUAUGUGGAGAGACUGAAAGGCAUGUCUCUGCUUGUCAGAGCAGAGAGUGACGGUUCUCUUCUUCUGGAGUCUAAAAUCAGUCCUAACACUGCAUACCAGAAGCAGCAGGAUACUCUCAUAGUAUGGUCUGAAGCUGAAAACUACGAUUUGGCACUUAGCUUUCAGGAAAAAGUAGGCUGUGAUGAAAUAUGGGAAAAAAUUUGCCAGGUCCAGGGCAAGGAUCCUUCAGUGGACAUUACCCAGGAGCUUGUAGAUGAAUCUGAAGAGGAACGCUUUGAUGAUAUGUCUUCACCUGGUCUUGAACUACCUUCAUGUGAAUUAAGUAGACUGGAAGAGAUGGCUGAGCUGGUAGCUUCCUCACUGCCAUCUCCUCUGCGUCGAGAAAAACUUGCACUAGCACUGGAAAAUGAGGGUUACAUUAAAAAACUUUUGGAACUUUUUCAUAUGUGUGAAGACUUGGAAAAUACUGAAGGACUGCACCACUUGUACGAAAUUGUCAAAGGGAUUUUCCUUUUGAACAGAACUGCACUAUUUGAAGUCAUGUUUUCUGAGGAAUGUAUAAUGGACAUCAUAGGAUGUUUAGAGUAUGACCCAUCCUUACCCGAACCACGUAAACACAGAGAGUUUCUAACAAAAACAGCAACAUUUAAAGAAGUGAUACCUAUAUUGGACCCUGAAUUAAAGCAAAAAAUUCAUCAAACUUACAGAGUUCAGUAUAUACAGGAUAUGGUUCUACCCACUCCUUCAGUGUUUGAAGAAAAUAUGCUAUCGACACUUCAUUCCUUCAUCUUUUUUAAUAAGGUGGAAAUAGUGGGUAUGUUACAGGAAGAUGAAAAAUUUCUGACAGAUCUUUUUGCACAACUUACUGAUGAAGCCACAGAAGAUGAGAAAAGGCAAGAACUGGUGAACUUUUUAAAAGAGUUCUGUGCCUUUUCUCAAACAUUACAGCCUCAAAACAGAGAUGCUUUUUUCAAGACUUUGUCAAAUAUGGGCAUUCUUCCAGCACUUGAAGUCAUUUUGGGAAUGGAUGAUGCCCAGGUGCGAACAGCUGCAACAGAUAUAUUCUCAUACUUGGUUGAAUACAAUCCAUCCAUGGUGCGAGAAUUUGUCAUGCAGGAGUCUCAGCAGAAUGAUGAUGAUAUUUUACUAAUUAACUUGAUCAUAGAACAGAUGAUCUGUGAUACGGAUCCUGAACUUGGUGGUGCAGUCCAGUUGAUGGGUUUGCUUCGCACUCUAGUUGACCCAGAAAAUAUGUUAGCGACAGCCAAUAAAACAGAAAAGACUGAAUUUUUGGGUUUCUUCUACAAGCAUUGUAUGCAUGUUCUCACCGCCCCUUUGCUGGCAAAUACUACGGAAGACCAACCAAGCAAAGAUGACUUUCAGACAGCACAGCUUCUAGCAUUAAUAUUGGAAUUGUUGACAUUCUGUGUGGAACAUCACACGUACCACAUCAAGAACUACAUCAUCAACAAAGACAUCCUUCGGAGGGUGUUAGUGCUUAUGUCUUCAAAACAUGCAUUCUUGGCUUUAUGUGCCCUCCGUUUUAUGAGGAAGAUAAUCGGGCUGAAGGAUGAAUUUUAUAAUCGCUAUAUAAUGAAAAGCUGUUUGUUUGAACCUGUUAUCAAAGCAUUUCUUGGCAAUGGAUCUCGCUAUAAUUUGAUGAACUCUGCUAUUUUGGAAAUGUUUGAGUUUAUUAGAGUGGAGGACAUCAAAUCUCUGACAGCCCAUGUGAUUGAAAACUACUGGAAAGGUCUUGAAGAUAUUGAAUAUGUACAGACCUUUAAAGGGCUGAAAUUGCGAUUUGAGCAGCAAAAGGAGAGGCAAGAUAACCCCAAACUUGACAGUAUGCGUUCUAUCUUACGAAAUCAUCGAUUCAGACGAGAUGCUAGGACAUUGGAAGAUGAAGAGGAAAUGUGGUUUAAUACUGAGGAAGAUGAUCUUGAAGAUGGAGAGGCCAUGCUGCCUUCUGGCGAGAAAUCCAAGAACGAUGAAGACAUUAUGGAUCCCAUCAAUAAAUUCAUGGAAAGAAAAAAGUUGAAAGAUAAUGAAGAUAAAGAAGUGCUUCCAAAGUCUAAUUUGUCAGGCCGCCAGAGUCCAAGUUUCAAACUUUCGUUCUCCAGCAGUACAAAAGCUAACCUUAUGAACCAGUCAUCAGGAGGUGCUUUGGCUGCCUCACCUGGUUCACCAGGAUCGCAGGGAUCGCCUGGCCCAGUUGCCAAAAGCACACCACAGACAACAGCUGUAACUACCAAGGGAGGCCUCGUUGGACUUGUUGAUUAUCCAGAUGACGAUGAAGAAGAGGAAGAUGACGAAAGUGAAGAAAAAGAUGGAAUUCCACCUGUUUCACAGAAAGUCAAGAUUGGGUCAUAAAGAUCAGCAUUUCAGCCUUUUAACCCUCUUGAUGCACAGGUGGUGGAUGUAAAAAAAAAAAAAAAAAGAAAAAAACAAAAUAAAACCUUCAAAGCAGCAGUGUUUGUAGUACUGGGUCUGACACAGAUCAGCCUACACACACACAUGGAUUUCUGCUGAACAAGUGCCAAUUAUAGGAGCAGGUUGGAGAGAAGAAAAGCCACACACAGGGUUGGGGGGUUGGAAGAGACUGUUGGCCAUGUGCUAAAUCAGCUUAGGCCACGUUGCCCUUUUCUCAGGGAAUGAUACAAGACAAAGCUGUAGGUCGCCACAGUGCAGGAGUUUCAGAAGAACUUGGGACUGGCUUUCCAGCUGCUUCUGUCAGAAGAUCCUUCUAGUUGGACUGUCUAGAAAGACUUGAAGAGAGCUGCCUCUCUAUUGGUUUUGGACAGUGUACACAUACUAAAGAAAUUUAAAUGAAACCUCUCAUGGGAGAGUAAAAUGUAAAGUUCCCUAUUUUAUCUUGUCCCUUUAAAAUGCGUUUUUUGGAGGUGUGGUGAAAUUAUCACCCCUUCAUUACUGAUUGAGUGAAAUUAUAGAUGUGAUCAUUUUGUGUCAUAUCUUUGCCCCCUCCGGAGUGUACGCUUAGUUGUUGAAUAUAUUUGGGACCAUUAAAAUCUUUGAUGUAAUAAUACUCACUCUGUCGUGCUGGUACCUAUUUCACUCUGUAUAUUUUUGUUUUACAUCACCAGUACUUUUUUUAAUAUUGUAUGAAAGAAAGUUUUUUUUUUUUUUUUUUUUUCCUUUUGUGUUUCAAGUGAGUGAGCAGAACCUGCCAUAAUGUGCAUACAAAAGCAAUACUAUUUUGUGACUGUUUUAUAUAAAAAGUUUUACACCCAGAAACUGUUGAGAAGCCUGUCGGGCGCAGAACAACUAGGGUAGAAUUCAGAAUUUGGAGUUUGAUUGUAGGAGUAUGCAUACAGUUGUGUAUUUAUUACUCUGAAGUUUGGAAGCAUGAACAGUGUUGAAUUCACAUGCAGAGCCACACCAGAUACAACAAACAUGCUUGAUACGUUUGUUAUUGCUUACUUUAUUAUUGAAUUUAAUUUUUAAAAAGAGCAACUUGCGUACACUAGCAACUGACCUUGACAACAUAUAGUGAUAAGCAGUUGCACACAGGAUUGGCAUCAUCAACAUCAGUUUAAAUACCUGAUAACGACAUAUUCCAAGUUGACUUAACUGUAAAGCCUGACAUCACUUCCUUUUCGGAAUGCCACUCUAGCAGUUCAUGUAAAAUCAUCAUUUGAUUGGCAGUGAUUGAUUAAACUUUUAGUUAAACGUU